UGACCCUGUGGAUUCUCUAUGUUAUGUGUAUGGAAGUAGUUUUUAAAAUAUUUAAUUUUUAUUUUCUGAUAGAGCCUAAUAUAUGCUAAAAACAGGACAGUUAAGCUUCAGAUAAGGUUUGAUUGCCCAUAACUUGGGAAACUAACUUGGAAUAAAAUAUAUUCUUGAAAAAAGAUAAUGGCUUCACUAAAAAACUAAAUGUGUUGGGAUGAGCCUGCACUACACAGAAAUGACCUGGGAGAACUGCACGAUGCACUGUCACCGCAGUCUUAGUGCUGCCACGACAGUGAUGGAUUGAAGCAUUUUGCCUAAAAAACUCUAGGUACUGGAAUUUGUUUAGUUUGUUUUGGGGGCUAACCAGUAUGUGGCAAUAUUGAUUACUCUAAAUCAAUUUUAUGUCAUGUGCUUCUAUCUCUAAAGCUAAAUUUUAUAAAACUAAAUAUUAUUCAUACUGUUAAAAAGCAAAAAGUAAAAUUUGUCAUGUUAUAACAUUCAAGUAAUCUACAGUGUUUUCUAACAUCUGCUAAGAUAUUGAGUUAUUUUGAGCAUGAUGUGUAUCUUCAAGGUGUAGUAACAAUUACUUCUAUAGGAAAGGGAUUUAACAGGCAUUUUCUUGUAAAUCUAGAUAUGGACAACUAUUGAAAAUUUUCUGACGUGUUUGAUGUUCAUUUCCCUUAGAACGUGUUACUUUGCUGAAACCAGAUUCAAAGGCUAGGUUGAUUGAUCCCCUGCAAGAUACACUUGAAGGUUAAGUAACUACAGAUCUCAUCUAAUCCCGUGUAAUCUGCUGUUACUAAAUGGCCGUUUGUAUUCUUGGCACACCAGUUUCUGAAUGCUUAGGAUUUGGUUUUUACCUUUUGUCCAAAUAACGUCUAAAAGGAACCAUGCGUCUCUUUGCAAGUCUGUGCAUUGCGCUUGGCUUUUUGGAAAGAGUGAGCUGUUCGUGUCCUUCACAGUGCACCUGUGAUUAUCAUGGCAGAAAUGACGGCAUGAGAUCAAGGUCUGUGCUAUGCAGUGACCUGGAUAUGAACGAGGUACCUACAAACUUCCCCGUGGACACUGUGAAGCUUCGCAUAGAGAAGACCGUUGUCCAUAGGAUCCCCGCCGAGGCCUUCUACUACCUGGUGGAGCUCCAGUACCUCUGGUUGACCUAUAAUUCUGUGGCCAGCCUUGACACCAGCAGCUUUUACAACCUAAAGCAGCUGCAUGAGUUGCGCUUGGAUGGAAAUUCUCUGGCUGCUUUCCCUUGGACAUCUCUGAGGGACAUGCCUCGUCUGAGGACCCUGGAUUUGCACAAUAACAGAAUAACCAGUGUGCCAAACGAGGCGGUCACGUAUCUGAAGAACCUUGCCUACUUGGAUUUAUCAAGCAACAGAUUAACCACACUGCCGCCAGAUUUCCUGGAGAGCUGGUCCCACUUAGUUACAACAUCAUCCAGAAGCCUGGACCUUUCAGCAAGAAGAAUUAUUCUUGGCCUGCAGGACAACCCAUGGUUCUGUGACUGUCACAUUUCCAAAAUAAUGGCAUUGUCAAAAGUUGCUGACCCUGUGGUAGUACUUCUUGAUCCACUGAUGGUUUGUAGUGAACCGGAACGCCUCACAGGGAUUUCGUUUCAGCGGGCUGAGCUGGAGCAGUGUCUGAAGCCAUCAGUGAUGACCUCGGCCACCCAGAUCACGUCUGCUCUGGGCAGUAAUGUUCUGCUGCGGUGUGAUACCACUGGCUACCCUACCCCGCAGCUCACCUGGACCAGACCAGACAGCUCGCCAGCUAAUUAUACAGUAAUUCAGGAAUCUCCAGAGGAGGGAGUCAGAUGGUCCAUAAUAAGCUUGACAGGCGUUUCUUACAUGGAUGCUGGGGAUUACAAAUGUAAGGCCAAAAAUUUGGCUGGGAUGUCAGAAGCUGUGGUUACUGUGACAGUGGUUGGUGUUGUCAUGAUCACCGUAUCAUCAGAAACUUCUGAAAGAAGAACUGGGGAUCACCCUGAGCAAGAGGUCCAGCUGGGAUCUAGAACAUCUGCAACUCUACCUGGUUCAUCAUCGUCUCCCUGGCCUUAUUCCUCCUCUUCUUCCUUCCCAGCUUCUUCCACUUUUCUUCCUACUUCUACUUCAUCGCCUCCCUCCACUGCUUCCUUCUCCUUAUCUCCUUUCUUCUCCUCCAUUGUUUCUUCAGCCACAACUCCAAGCACUAGAAUAUCUACAAGCACUACCAUGGCCAGCCGUCAGCCACUCCACCCAGAUGGGAAAAGAAAUGUCAAGGUGGAGAUGGGUAGCGGUAAGCUUCCCCCAGCUAGUGCAAGUAAAAGAGAAGAGUUGGCAUUGUUGGAUCAAGCCCUGCCGAUGGAAACGAAUGCCACAAUAGAAAAUCUCCAGGUAGUCAGCGAAACCGAAGAAAGCGUGAUCUUGAUGUGGAACACCAUUAACACCACGCAGAAUUUGGAAGUGACUGUGUUGUAUUCCAAGUAUGGUGAGAAGGACCUGCUACUGCUUAAUGCAGACUCCAGCAAGAACCAAGUCACCAUAAGUGGCUUGUUGCCUGGUUGGCAAUAUAUAGCAUGUGUCUGUCCAAAAGGAAUGCCUCCCCAGAAAGACCAAUGUAUCACCUUUUCUACUGACAGAGUUGAAGAAGAAGGUGAUUCUCAAGGGUCUUUCCUUAUGGUGGUGAGUGGUGCUGCCUGUGUUGUUGUCUUGCCAUUGAUUUUUUUCCUGUUGUACAAAGUUUGCAAACUUCAGUGUAAGUCAGACUCCCUCUGGGAAGAUGAUUUGGCGAAAGAGACUUAUAUCCAAUUUGAAACGCUGUCCCCCAGGUCUCAAAGUGUAGGGGAACUUUGGACGCGAAGGCCCAGAGACGAUUCAGAAAAAUUGCUGCUUUGCUCUAAGUCAAGUGUGGAAUCUCAUGACUUUUAAAAGUGAGGGUUCUAGAGCAGAGUAUUAUUGCUAAGGUUUUACAGCUCAGGCAAAUGUGAGCUCCACAAAAUUUCUUUCACAAAAUUAAGGAUCUAAGGGUAUAUAGUUGACCCUCUGUUUGGAAGACUUUUGGACACUUUCAUAUCCUUCAUGAAAAUCACAAAUGGAGUGUUUUAAGUGUGCUUUAAGAAAAUCAUGAGACUUCUGAACUGAAAAGACAAAUAAGUUUGAUUUUUGUUGUGAAGAAAAUGUCCACAGAAAUAAUUUUCAAGGUAGUGCUAAGUAAGUUAAUAAUAUAUUUUAGGAUAAUGUUUUAGUUCUUAAAAAUAAAUUCAUGUGAAAAUAGUCAUAAAAAGUAAACUCUGAAUUUUAAAAAGAUAGUUUUUUGGGCAGUAAAGAAAGUUUAGUAUAAUGAGCUAAGCCUUGAUGUUCACUCUUGUUCAUAGUGCUUUACGGCAUUUGCUGUGCACAUUUGCUGCCAUUGCCUUGUAGGUGAGAGUGGAAUAGUACAGAAUUUUGCAUUCACUAAGGUUAAAUGCAACCCCAAGGACAGGGAGAGCUCUAGCUCUUGGUACCAUUAUGCAUUGCAACACGGUAUAGUGGUAUUUAUAUUGCAAGGAAGAAAACAUUUUUCCUUAGAAAUAUAGGUACUAGCAAAAAUAAGUUUAAAAAGAGGAUCAUGGAAUAGUAAGGCCAUUUUGAAGAUAGUAACUGUUGCAUUCUAAUACAUCUGCUAACAGACUGUAUGGGGUCUUUUUAAAAAAUGUGCUCAUUUUAAAACAAUCUCUU